CCUAAAAUGCCAUGUUCAAAUCCGUUUGAGACGUCCGAUUUAAAAAAAAAGCAACGUUAUGUUUAUCCGAACCAGCAAUACGAAGGUCAAACUAUCCAUAGUUUAAAUGCAAUUCUGUGUUUGCAGGUUUCAGUAGAAAAAGAGAUUGAUCACAAUGUUUUAACAAUUUAAAAGUCGCUUGGAGACUCUGAAAUUUGAAGCGGGAAAGGCUUCCCCUCGGGAGAUUUGAGUGGAAUCCUUUGUAAGGAACUGCUUCAAUGCUUACAGAGUUUGAAAUAUUCAGAUCAGGGUCAAUAAAAACGAUUGGAAAUGAGCAGCGUAACAUGUUGGAGGGUUGGAACAUUUACGGUCAUGGCACUUGUGAUGCAAGCUCUUGGACUUUUUCUAUUCAUCAUUGGAUUUUUUCCUGUAAAGCCUGCUCUUAGCGGGGUCAGUGGACUGGGGAGCUACGUGCCUGGCUGUUAUUCAGAUCAAAAGGAAAUUGAGAAAAACAUACCCACGGAUGAUCUGCGUUCUUUGUAUGCGGAAAAAUCAGGAAUUCCUGUGCAAUUUGAUCGGAUAAUAUUGAUGGUAAUUGAUGGUCUGCCAGCAGAGUUUGUUCUAGGCAAGGGAAGGAUUCCCCCAACUGAGAUAAUGAUAAGAGCUAUGCCUCAUACCCAAUCACUUUUAUCCAAUGGAAAGGCAUUUGGGUAUCAUGCAAAAGCAGCACCUCCAACAGUUACCAUGCCUCGCCUAAAGGCAAUGACUUCGGGAGCAAUUGCCGGUUUCCUUGAUGUUGCUUACAACUUCAAUACUCAAGCACUUCUAGAUGACAACAUUCUUGGUCAAUUAGCAAGAGCAGGCUGGCAGAUGGUGAUGCAUGGAGACGAGACAUGGCUUAAAUUAUUCCCUGGCCUGUUCAUACGUCAAGAUGGCGUUAGCAGCUUCUAUGUCAAGGAUACCAUUGAAGUGGACAGAAAUGUAUCUCGACAUAUUGAGGAUGAAUUGACUGCGACAGAUUGGGACCUCUUGAUUCUCCACUACUUAGGAUUGGAUCAUGUAGGACAUACAGGUGGCCGUGCAAGUCCUUUGAUGACUCCCAAACUAUUGGAGAUGGACAAAGUCAUAGAAAAGCUUUACACAACAUUGGUUGUCAACAACAGUUCAACAAAUCAACGUACCUUACUGAUUGUGGUCAGUGACCAUGGCAUGAAUGAUGGAGGGAACCAUGGAGGAUCCUCUUUUGAAGAAACUGAUUCUCUAGCUCUUUUUAUUCCUAUGAAUGCUGCUUUAAACAUAAAUACUUCAGCUACACUUCCUUAUUCAGCUUUCCAGGUUGACAUUGCACCAACAUUAGCUCUUCUUCUAGGUGUGCCGAUACCACAAAAUAACAUUGGUGUUUUGCUUCCACAUCUUUUUUAUUCAUUCACCGAUGACCAAAAACUUCGAGCAAUGGAGUUAAAUUCAUGGCAGCUGCUGAGGUUACUGCAGGCACGCAUUCCCAAUUCAAAGUGUCUUAUAUCAACAUGCAAUAAGGAAAUGCAUGAUGGAAACUUGGAAAGAGAAAUGGGUAGUGAACAAACUGAUGCAAAGUUAUGCUAUUUAUUUCAAAGAGCUGUUUCUCUGCAUGAUUCUUGGAGGCAACAUCAAAGCUCUACAGGUGAAUAUCAAAAUGAUGAAGUUGGAGGUCCCAAAAUCGCAAUGGAGGCUUACAUGGAGUUCUUAAGGACUGCCUCUGGAUUAUUAGCAAGAGGAAAUACUGAGAAACCUUUUCAUUUACUUGCAGUUGGAGGUUUCCUGAUGCUUGGAUCACUCCUUUUGUUUCUUGGAAUUUCUUUCCAACUUUACAAAGCAUUUCAUGAAAUACCAGAGUGCCUGGCCUCUAAGUCUGAUUGUUCAGAUCAAAUUACAGACCUUGGAAGAGUAAUAGCUAUUCUUGGGAUUUUCAUACAUGUUAUUAGCUUGGGUGCUAGCUCCUUGGUGGAGGAAGAGCAAUAUACAUGGCAUUUCCUGUUAUCAACUUUGUGCGUUAGUUUUAUACAUAGAAUUUGUCAAGUUUGGAAUUAUUUACCAAGAAAAACAUUCAAGUUCUUUUGGCCCCCCCAUUCCUUUGGCCUAGGCAGGGAAUCGGAUAAUCCAAACUUCAUUUCAAGAUUAAAUUGUGAAGGUGGGAGAUCAUUGAAUGCCCAACAAGUCAACUCUUUUCAGGUUUUAACUGUCAUUUUUGUGCUCAUUACUGCUAGAUUUUUAAGAGCAUGGCACCAAGGUGGUGUCAACUGGACCCAUUUGGCAGAUAUCUCAAAGUGGCUUGAUCAUGCCAGUCCUUGUGUCACAAAGUCUUUACAAAUGACCUCAGUUCUAUUAACAAUGCUGAUGGGAUUUCUUUUUUUCCUAGCAGUUAAGCCAAGAAAGCUUUUUCAGACUUUUGUUGGUGUAAACAUCUUAGUUUCUGGUUUUUUGAUUUCAAUGUUCAUAAUAUGGGACCGAGAUCAAAUUAUGCCAUCAUCAGAUUAUUGGCCAACAUUAAUGGCCCGUCUAGUGUAUACUUCUCUUGGUUUAACUACAGUGACAACACUGUUAGCUUUUCCUUGGAGCAUAUCCUUGCCAGAUUGUAGCAGUAAAGUAGAUUCUAAAAUUCAGAAGUCAGAUGGAAUUGUUAAGUCUCAAUCAUGCUCCAGUAUUGGUACAAAUUAUCUUGAAGAAGGAAUAAGAACUUGCAUUCAUUUUGUUGGAGUGGUCUAUAUAUUUAUCUGGUGCCUUCUACAGCUCCUACUUCAACACCCUGGAAAUGCAUGUCCUAUCACGGUGCUUCUGUUACAACUUUUUGGAAUGGUAAACUACUUUUACAAUUCUGGGCCAUACCACAAAGAAUGGAUCAUGGUCAUCACAAUGUACUGGUUAGGGAUGGCAGGUCACUUUGGACUUGGAAACAGCAAUACUCUUGCCACAGUUGAUGUGGCAGGUGCAUACAUUGGACUAACUACCCAUUCAACAGUCCUAUCAGGCAUUUUAUUAUUUAUUAUUACAUAUGGAUCACCGGUGCUAUUUCUCUUUGGCGCAAUGCUGUGUUCAUCUUUCGAGGAAGGAAGAAACUCUAUGAAUAUUACUAAAGAAGAAAGAUGUUCAGGAUAUUUCUUUCUGAAGACAAUUGCCCUUCCAUGUGUUUUACCAUUGGUUUUGAAUUCUGUCGUGUUGGUUGGAUUCACUGGUGUAUUGGUGCUUAUGAGGAAUCAUCUAUUUGUUUGGAGUGUAUUUUCACCAAAAUAUCUGUAUGUGUGCGCAACAACAAUCUGUAUAUACACCAGUACAUUUCUUAUUGCUUUCACUGGACUUUAUUCAAGUUUUGUGAUAUACAUGAGGUCUAAAUUAUCUUUGGAUUGGAUUUGCCUCUGAAAAGAUAAAACUUCUGUGAAAUGCACCAAAGAAUGAGUUUUGUGUUGGUUGAAAACUUUUUGCAUUUUGAGAUCAAAAGUACGGUGUUACCUGUACCUGUACAUAACUAAGUUCAUUAGAGAUCUGCAAAGAGGCCUAUUGCAGCUUCCAUAAAACAAUCAUCUAUUUCUGUUCAGUAUAUCAACGAGAACAUUUAUUUAUCAAUGCAAGAGGUAUUAUUUAUUA